GUAAAGGCAGCGGAGCUCAGGAAUCGCGACCACGAGCUGCGAUACUGGUGCCACCCGAGACUCCCGUUAAGACUAUAGUCAGUGGUGUUGACUUCGUAGCCCUCGAUGUCCUCCUCGGGGACAGAUGGCUUACAUGCAUUUCGAUCUACAUCCCAGUGGAUACGGAGCCGGCGGAAAUUUUAGAACGGGUAUCACAAGAGGUCCUCCUCUCCCGUAGAUCCGAAGGUAUCGUAGCAGGGGCUGAUACCAACUCGGCCUCUGCUCUAUGGCACUCUAAGACUAGCCAGGUGCCGUCUCGCAUGCGCGGCAGAGGAGAGACGGUCGAACUCUUCCUCAGCAAAUUUGAUCUGGAGGUUAUCAAUGGUAACAAAGAGACUCCAUCCUUUCAGAACGCGCGCGGGGAC